AUGGAAGUGGAGGUGAAGCCGGCUUCUGCAGAAGAACUAGAUGCCUUUCUUGGGCAGAACAGACGCUGGAUCCCUGAUGACGCUGAGAAGGUUCUUCGUGGUAUGAGCGGCCUUGAUCAGCGACGCGUCAUCAGCGGGGGUACCAUGUCCAGCGUGCAGAAUCCGGUUGCAGUCAUCCAGGCUCGUGUGCGCAAAGCCACGGAGCUAGAGGCGGCUGUAAGCAGAAGUGGAGGAAAGGUUCCUGCCGUUCUACUGGGUCUGGAAAGCAAGCUGAUCAAGCCAGCAACAGAAGAGGACUUAGAUGGCUUUAUCAAGGCCAACGACCGGUGGUUAGGUGAUGAGGCUGUACAGACGCUUCGCUCAAUGAGCGCUUUCGAUCAACGACGAGUGAUCUCUGCUGGGACCAUGUCAGGUUGCCGCGACCCAGUUGCAGUGAUCCAAACCCGCGCCAAGAAGGCUCGGGAGAUGGAAAUGGAGCUUGAGAACCUGGCAGCUGGUAAAGGGCCACUCCUAAAAAAGGAGAAGCCUUCACAAGCUCCAGCGCCGAGCUUUGACGAGGAAGCUGCUGCGAUGCACCUCUACGCUCCACCUGAGGAAGUGUUUGCAUGGGAGUCCAGAUUUGCUCCACCGCCAAUCGAAGACGAGGAUUCUGCACUGGUUGGAGAGAGCCCUGGGGUUGGAGGCGUGGUCGAGAUUCUCAAGGCAAAGUACGGAUGCUCCAAGGGUCAGAGAAUCCGCGUCAUCGGGGAGACCCAUUCCCUGUUGCAAUUCGAGGGCGGAAAAACUGCUCCAAAGAACCAUGAGGACAGCGGCUGGAAAUGGGUGAUCCGAGAAGAGGAAGAGGUCAAACAGUCAGCAGCACAGGCUCAGAUGGCAGCCUUGAAACAAGCUGCUGCUGCUCAAUUGGCACAGGUAGAAGCAGCGAAGGCUGCAGAGCUGGCACGAGCACAAGCGGAAGCGAAGGCGUAUGCUGCCGCUCAACAGGAGGCCAUCCGGUCCAAGGAACACGCCAAACCGAAGCAGAAGGAGCCAAAGGCCCCGCGAAAAACGCGAAGGUCGAGUUCCAGUUCCAGCUCCAGUUCAUCUGAGACGGAGGAGAAGAAACAUAGGCAUCAAAAGAACCCCAAAAAGGGGAUUGGCCGAGAAAAGAAGGCCAGAUCAACAAAGGCAAAAAAGAACAAGAAGGAAGCCAAGUCAAAAGCAGCUACAAGAGAUGCUCUGUCAAAGUCAAGAAAAACGGAGAAAAAGAAGAGCGAGGAGAAGAGGAAAGCCAAGAAGGCUGCGAAAGUUAAAAAACGAAAAGCGCGCAGUUCCUCAUCAUCCAGCUCGGCGACAGAUGUGACGAUCCCUGGCGCAAGUGAAGCAUGA